AUGGGAACCCAGACGAGGGGUGUAACAUUCUAUUUCGACGAAUCAUAUAUCGAAGAAAAUCCCAGGUUGAACGUUCCCUUGAGCAUUGUAAAAAAUGAAUCGCGUUCAGUUUCGAUAUUUAACAAAUAUUUGUAUGAUUUAAACGUAUCUUAUAAAAAAUCCGAUUCCCUACUCUCAAUCAAUAAACAUGACGCAGGAGCAAAUUUGGAAAAUGUAAAUAGACGGUCGAGUAGCAGUGUUAAAAAACAUGAAGAGAGCAGUUACACCCGUAAAGAUUCUAGUAAGUUUAGGACUGGAUACCCGGAUACGAAGAACAUUGAAGAUUUAGUAGAAAGCAAUAUCGUAAAAUCGAAACAAGUGUACAACAGACUUAUAAACGAUGCCUUGGAGGAGUUGGAGAACCUGGAAAGAGCGGAAAGGGAACUGAGAGAGAAAGAACUUAAAGAAAAAUUGGAAAGGGAAAAGAAAAUAAAGGAGGAAGAGGAAAGACAAAAGGAACUGGAAAGAUUAAAAAAUGAACAGGAAGAAGCGGAGAAUAGAGGAGGAAUCGGAUCAGCAACAAGUAAUGUAGAGUCAAGUAGUGUGAAUGUGUUGUUUAAUGAGCAAGACUACGUGCCGAAAAACAAUACAGUAAAGAUAUAUGAGGAUAUAACAGACAGUUUCAACGAAUACGACAAACAGUACAAUGAAAUUAAGGCAAACAGUACGUUGAAAAGGAACAGAAUAGACAUAAGUAAGAGAGUGACAGCAUGUUUAAACGGACUGGCGAACACGGAGAAGCAAAUACAGCUGAUAUUCGACAGGUUGGCGCAGAUGCUCACCGAGUUCCCGCAAAUGAAGCUGUUCAUAGCGUUUAAGAUCAUCGAGGGGAUACUGAACUGCUGCGAAGAAGGGUGCCAAAUAUACAUAAACAACAAGUCGGCAUGGUCAUUUUCGAGGAUCCUGCAGAAGUUGGUGGAGCUGGACCAGACGUUCAGCACAAUAUACCUAAAGUUGAUAUCGGCGAAGUGCAUCUUCGCAAUACCGAGGUUCUACGUGAGUAAGUCGCAGACUCCAGGGAGCGUCACGAGCGCAGACGCAAGCAAUAUCGCAAACAACGGCAGUGUUGGCGCUGACGUGGCAGCUCUGUGUAAAAUAUACGGAUACGAGUUAAGCAACAGCAGCAGCGACAUAAAGUACAACAAGAGGCUGAAGUCGUUCCUGACGCUGCACCUGGCCUUCUUCGUCGUCAGGAAGGACUACAGGAGCAUAUGGAGUUUCUAUUCGAACGUGGUCAACGCAAGUUGGGACAACGUGCUGCUGCCGGUGGUGCCAAACAUACUGAUAACGCUGCUGACCACAACCUCGUACUUCAUGCUAGGGGCGUACCAAAUACAGUUUAGGAAGAUACUGGUCAACAUAGUCCAGCUGUUGAACUCGAGGUUGAACAACCUGAUGUACACCGCGUCAUUCCAAAUGUAUCGGGGACAAGUUGAGGAGUUUAUUCAACAAUUCAAUUCAAAGGGGAAGUUUGAUGUGCCUGAAGGGUACAGCCUGAAAUAUAAGGAGGAAGAAUUGAGAAGGGACGUUUAA